GGGAAUGUUAAUUUUGAAAACAAAUACAAAAAUAAUUUGUCUGUCUUCAAAUUAAUAUAUUUAUCUUCUUAAUAUGUCCUCCUUAUAUCAUACAGAAACAUACUUAAAUCUGAGAGAAUUUAAACUUUCUUUAGAGGUUCUCUGUCUAAGAUCACUCCAAAUUAUACUUAUGUUGUCUUCAAUUAUUUUAAAGUAAUUUUUUAUUUUGAAUGUUUAUUAUUAAUUCUGGUCUUUUGUUAAAGAUUAACUACUGUAUAUAAAAUUAUGAGACUUCAUUAAAUAGUUAUUUAUGAUUUAAUUUUUUUAAAUAUAUGGUUUCAUCUUGUUCUGAUUUAGUAACUUGCAUCUAUUAAUUAUUGUGUACAAAAAAUUAUCUAUCUCACUUUUUUAGGCAGGAAUGUAUGAAGCUAUGAAUGACGUAUAUAAAAUAUUAAUACCAAUAGCCGAAGCUCAUCGUGAUUAUAAGAAACUAGCAAAUAUACAUAGUAAAUUACAUGAAGCUUUUACAAAAAUAGAUCAACAGGCUGGGAAAAGAGUUUUUGGUACAUAUUUCAGAGUAGGAUUUUAUGGCAAUAAAUUUGGUGAUUUGGAUGGAGAAGAAUUUAUAUAUAAAGAACCGACCCUCACAAAAUUACCAGAAAUAUCAAACAGAUUAGAAAGUUUCUAUUCGGAAAGAUUUGGUCCAGAAUUUGUUGAAGUAAUAAAAGAUUCCAAUACUGUUGAUCCAUCAAAACUGAAUUCUGAGAAGGCAUAUAUACAAAUUACAUACGUAGAACCAUAUUUUGAUAUGUAUGAAUUGAGAGAGAGAGUAACAUACUUUGACAAAAACUAUAAUAUUAAACGAUUUGUCUACGCAACUCCAUUCACUGCCGACGGACGAGCUCACGGAGAUCUGCACGAACAGUAUAAACGUAAAACAAUUGUUACAACAGUAAAUACAUUCCCUUACGUAAAAACAAGAAUUCAAGUGACAGAAAGAAAACAGAUCGUACUGACUCCUAUUGAAGUUGCAAUUGAAGAUAUACAAAAGAAAACAAUGGAACUAUCACUUGCUAUCAAUCAAGAUCCAGCAGAUCCAAAAAUAUUGCAAAUGGUUCUUCAAGGUUGUAUGGGAACAACAGUUAAUCAGGGUCCUAUGGAAAUAGCUAUUGUUUUUUUAUCGGACCUUGUGGAUGGUCAGAAAACACCUACUCCAUUACAGAAUAAACUUCGAUUGUGUUUUAAAGACUUCUCAAAAAAAUGCAGUGAUGCAUUGAGAAAAAACAGAACUCUAAUUGGUCCAGAACAACGAGAUUAUCAGAAAGAACUAGAAAGAAAUUAUCACCGCUUCACCGAUCGCCUUAUGCCCAUGAUAAGGAACAACGGCAUGACGGCCCUCAGAAUACACAGAGAAACAAAUGGAGAGAGAAAGCAAAAGAAAACAAGUCCAAUUGUUUAGCACCAAGUAUGCUAAAAUUUAAUUAUUGAACAUGAAUUUUAUUUCUAGUCAUUUUUAUUGUACUCGUAUUUAUUU